CUCAUUCAAACAUGAACACCCCAUGAACACUAAUACUCAUCCCUCUCCUCCCUCUCCAUUCUAGUUUCAGAGAUGGGAUUCUUUCCGCCCCAAAACUUCACCAUCCUCCUCCUCAUUCUCUGCUUUUUCGCAUCCACCUCUCUGCAAGCCAGAAAAACCUACACCUACACCUUCGAUCAAAACAACCCUUACCAAGGUCUUUCUCUCUCAAAAAAUGGAAGCAUUGACAAAAACGCCAUCCAAGUCACCCCAGACACCGGCACUCAAGACCUCAACAACUUCCCCAUGCAAAACAUUUCCGGCAGAGUUUUCAUCAACAAGCCGUUCAAGCUCUGGGAAGGAAAAGUCCCACCAAAGCCAUCAAGAGUUGGUGCUAAGAACAGGGACGAAGUCGCCUCUUUUAACUCCACUUUUCGGAUCAACAUUUACCCAUUAAAGGGCCCCGCCGGAGAAGGUCUGACUUUCUUGAUCGCCCCGAAAACAGAGCUUCCCGGGAACAGCUCCGGCCAGUUCUUGGGCCUCACCAAUGCGUCCACCGACGGGAACUCCACCAACCAAAUCAUCGCCGUCGAGCUCGACACCGGCAAGCAAGCCUUCGAUCCCGACGGUAACCACAUAGGUAUUGAUAUUAACGGCGUCAGAUCUGUAAAGGUUGAAUCUUUGGAUCCUCUGGGAAUGGUGUUGGCUCCCAAUACCACCGCCGCCAGCUUCUUCAAUGUCUGGGUACAGUACGACGGCGUUGCGAAGGUAAUGGAGGUGUACAUCGGAAAACAGGAGACCAAAGACGGCGACGACUCGCCGAAACCGAAAUCCCCUGUUCUAAGAAUGGAUCUUGAUCUCCGGGAGUAUCUGAAUCGAGAAUCGUACUUUGGGUUCUCUGCAUCGACGGGGACCAAUUACGAGCUGAACUGCGUUUUGCGGUGGACAUUCACGAUCAAAUACUUCCCGGAUAAACCGGACUGGUGGAAAAUAGCGGUUGGGGUCGGAGUGCCCGCGGCGGUCCUGGUGGCGAUGGCGGCGGCGGCGCUGCUGGUGCUGAGGAUGCGGAAAAGGAGGAAUCUUCACAGCCAGUCGGCGAUUCUUGGGGCGCUGAAGAGCCUGCCGGGGACUCCGAGAGAAUUCGAGUUCAAGGAUUUGAAAAAGGCCACAGAGAACUUUGAUGGGAAGAACAAGCUUGGAAGUGGAGGAUUUGGGGUGGUUUUCAAGGGGCGUUUGGCUGUGGAGAAAAUGGAGAUUGCUGUGAAGAUGUUCUCCAGAGAGAAUUUACAGGGUCAGGGUGAUUUCAUAGCUGAGCUUACAAUCAUUAAUCGUCUUCGCCAUAAACAUCUUGUCAAGCUUCUAGGCUGGUGCCACAAGAAUGGGAAGCUGCUUCUAGUGUAUGAAUACAUGCCCCAUGGCAGCUUAGAUAAACACCUCUUCUCCUCGCCCGAAGAAAAUCCGCUGAGUUGGGAGCUACGGUACAAAAUCGUGUAUGGCGUCGCCUCAGCCUUGCAUUACUUGCACAAUGAGUUUGAACAACGGGUAGUGCACCGUGACCUUAAAGCGAGCAACAUCAUGCUCGACUCCGACUUCAAUGCCCGCCUCGGAGACUUUGGCCUUGCACGUGCACUCGACAAUGAGAAAACAUCUUACGCUGAGGCUGAGGGAGUGCUAGGCACUGUGGGGUACAUUGCGCCUGAGUGUUUUCACACAGGUAAGGCGACACGGGAGUCGGAUGUAUAUGGGUUGGGAGCAGUGUUGCUGGAAGUUGUGUGUGGGCAAAAACCGGGAGCGAAGAUUGGCGGGUUUCAAUAUCUAGUAGAUUGGGUGUGGUACUUGCAUCGUGACGGGAGAAUCCUCGAGGCGGUUGAUCCGAGGCUGCGGGGCGAUUAUGAUGUUGAACAAGCUCAAAGACUUUUGUUGCUAGGACUGGCUUGCUCACAUCCAACGGCUAAUGAGAGACCGAGAGCCUCCGAUAUUGUGCAGAUCAUUCUCGGCUCGGUUCCGAUCCCGAUUGUACCACCCUUCAGGCCGGCAUUUGUGUGGCCAUCUAUGGGGCCCAUUGACUUAGAUUCACUUGAAGGUGAUACCACAACAAUGACACCUAAUUCCCAAUUCAACCCGGGAUGGACUCCACAGUCUGGCAGUGAUGAGAGCAUUAAUGCCAACGGAGGACACUUUGACUCAUUGGUGUAGUUACUAGUUACCAUUUAUAAACCCCAACCAUAUAUAUAUAUAUAUAUAUAUAACCAGUGAACUCUUUUCUUCACAUUUAUCUUCUCUUCAAGUAAUUAUAUUUGUUUUAAUGGGAAAUCAUAAGAUUUCCAUUUUUGUUUAUAUUUUUGCCUUAUAAAUAUCAUCCUUCAAUUCUUUUAUUUGGAACUUCCACACAAUGGACAGUCUUUAUUAAUCUUGUAUAGCACUCCCCCUUAUUGUUCGAUGAUAAACUGUUAUCAAGGGAAAUGAGAAAUGAUCCAUUAAUAUUAUUGGUAUUAUUAA